UGCCGGCUCAGCACCCUCGGGAGACGCUGGCGGGCCAGCGGCCCGGCCUCGGCCGGUGCCACCGCUCGAUGACAGCGCCCGGCACCGCGGCGGGGGAAGAGCCCACCGCCCCCGCACCGCCGCGGGCAAAGGGCCGCCGCUAUCCCGGCCUGCCCCGCGCUCACCUCCCCCAGUAUCCCGGCGUGCCGCGCGGCCCGGCACUGGGGUAAAGGUCGCGGGGCGGAGGGGGCGGCACUGGCUCGGCGGGGACGCAGCGCCCCGGACCCGGUCUUCACCCGCCGCUGCCGCCAUGGCGGAGCAGCCGCAGCCCAUCAGCCCCGUGAAGAACUUCUUCGCUGGCGGCUUCGGCGGCGUCUGCCUGGUGUUCGUCGGGCACCCGCUGGACACCAUCAAGGUCAGACUGCAAACCCAGCCUAAGCCACAGCCUGGUCAACCCCCGCUCUAUUCUGGGACCUUUGACUGCUUCAGAAAGACUCUUGUUGGAGAGGGAGUCCGAGGCUUAUAUAGAGGAAUGGCAGCUCCUAUUAUUGGAGUGACACCCAUGUUUGCUGUGUGCUUCUUUGGAUUUGGCUUGGGAAAAAGACUCCAACAGAGGAAACCUGAUGACGUUUUGACAUAUCCUCAGCUGUUUGCUGCUGGCAUGUUGUCGGGAGUGUUCACAACAGUAAUCAUGGCUCCAGGAGAGAGAAUCAAGUGCCUUUUGCAGAUCCAGGCAGCUACAGGUGAAACUAAAUACAGUGGCUCUUUGGACUGCGCAAAACAGCUGUACCGUGAGGCUGGGAUUCGUGGCGUGUACAAGGGGACAGUGCUCACCCUCAUGAGAGAUGUCCCAGCCAGUGGAAUGUACUUCAUGACGUAUGAAUGGCUGAAGAACAUUCUGACCCCUGAGGGAAAGAGUGUGAGCGACCUCAGUGCGCCUAGGAUCCUCUUUGCUGGGGGCCUGGCUGGGAUCUUCAACUGGGCAGUUGCCAUUCCACCAGACGUGCUGAAAUCCCGUUUCCAGACUGCUCCUCCAGGAAAAUACCCAAAUGGCUUUAGAGAUGUGCUGAAAGAACUUAUCAGAGAGGAAGGAGUUGCAUCUCUGUACAAGGGCUUCACAGCUGUAAUGAUCAGGGCAUUCCCCGCUAACGCGGCAUGUUUUCUUGGUUUUGAAGUUGCUAUGAAGUUUCUUAACUGGAUUGUACCAGGUCUAUGAAGACUAGGAAGUCUUUGGAAUUUAAAGAGGAGAAGGAAGAGAGUGCAAGUCUGCCUCAAAGGAAUAAAUGAAUGAUCACUUGAAGUUUCAGGAAUGAUUGCUUGCCUAAUACCUUUUUGCCUUCUUCAUGUUCUUUAGGUGGUGCUAUGUGCCGUUCAGAAAUGUAGCUCUGAAACAGAGUUGAUGAAGAGUUGAGUUAGAGGUGAUAAACCCGUCUUCUGAGCCAAUGUACCACAGCAGUAUUGCUGCUAACAGACAGCUGUCACUAUUACACACACUACCUUAAGUACUUCCUCAUGGAAGAAGGGGACACUUUUUUAAAAUGUAAUUCUUUAUUUACUGAAGAAACAUGUAGCUAUUAAUGCUGAAAAACUUCCUUAAAAUAAUUGUUUGGCAGUCUGUACUUAACUCUCAGGGCAUAAGUUAGCAGCUGCACAUAGUAGUAUCUACAAGCAAUGUCAGAUAGCAUUCUCAUCUCCUGUAUGUUUUUAGUUGUGGCUAUUUCUAUGUUGACAGUGGUUUUAACCUUAUAUGCGUGUAAUGCAGUGAACACAGAACUAAGCAGGGGAGGCCAGAGCUACGCUUCAGUGGGUUGAGGGGUAUUACAGAUACUGUAUCAGAUCUUGCACGCUGAUCUUUUCUGUGGAACUAGGAGGGAAAAUGAAUUAUGCUUAAUGUUUGUAGUAAGCUUUACUGAGGCAGCCAGUGGGGAAAGGUGUUUGAUCAACCUGAACUUUUCUCUGAAAUCCCUUUCUGUCCCGCUGAAGAUAGCCCAAAUGUGAUUUCAAAUGUACAGCACGGUUCAUAGCAACCCACGAUAUAUUUGAUUCAUCAAAUGCUGUGUCCUGGGAUUCAAUCCCUGACAAUGACCUGAGAGAGUUUAACAGCACUUCCAAGAACUCAAUUUCUCUGACAGGAGGAGGAUACAUGAAGGGGACACUGGCUCUGCAGUCUUGUCUAACAUUAUUCUUGCUCCUGUUCCUUGGUUUUCUCUUAAUGUUCUUAAACAUAAUCACAUUUUCAUUUGAGAAAUGACUAAUGCUAAGAAGCAAAAAGCAACUUUAAUUUCUUUUGGGUUUGAUGCAGUGUUAUUGGAACUCAAUAAAGCUAGCUGCUGCUUGGA